UGAGCGGCAGCAGCAGCGUUUCUUUGGACAGACCGUCUACAACUUUUCAACACUAGUUUACUGUUUUAAAUUUACUGUUUUAUUAUCUGUAUUAUCUUUUAAUUACUGUAUAUAAUUGUAUAUAAUUGUAUUAUUUGUACUGUUUUGUCAUUAAUUAAUUGUAUUUUGUUUUUUUGUUUUUCAGCUUACUGUAGCCGCUGAGGGAGCUCACCCCCAUACCGGUCAGGUAUGGAUCCCCGGUGGAGGAGCAGACCUCUUCCAAUAGUGGCGCAGUCAGGAAAUUUUUGCUUCAGGACUCGUCCUGUGUCUGCGUGGCAGGGUGAAGAUCCAGCCGCGUGUGAGGAGCCUCAGAUGAAGCCGAGGGCCCACAUUAAGAAGUGCAUUGAAGGUCAGCUGGAGGGACUCCUUCCCACCUCCCACCAAUUGCCUCCAACCACACCUGAAAGGGAUGGCAGUAAGGCUCUGGUGGCGGUUGCGGAGGCAGAACCCUUGAACAGGCUGAACACCGCUGGUCCAGUUGCACAGUGUGAGGAAGCCCCGAUUGCGUCCCUCACCACCACCCACCCCCCGGAGACAUUCAGCCAGUCAGGUGUCGAUGUCCUGGUGCUGGUCGCAGAGGCGGAUCCCUCUCACAGGCUGGACACCAACAGCACCGAGCCUGAGUCUGAGCCAGUGCCAGUUGCACAGGCUGAGGGGGAUCUGGAGGGCAGCAUGGAGGUCGUGGUGGAGAGCACAGAAACAGCUCCAAAAACACAGAGACGACGGCUACAGCGCUGUCUGAGACUCUGGAGGAGCACAGCCUCUACCCUACUCUCCUGCUUUCCUUGUAGGGUAAAAAGGAUAGAUAGGGAGACAUAGACAUAGAAAGGGAGAUGAUAUAUAGGUAGAUAGAUAGAAAAGGGGAUGACAUAUAGGUAGAUAGACAGAAAAGGGGAUGAUAUAUAGGUAGAUAGACAGAAAAGGGGAUGACACAUAGGUAGAUAGAUAGAAAAGGGGAUGACAUAUAGGUAGAUAGAUAGAAAAGGGGAUGAUAUAUAGGUAGAUAGAUAGAAAAGGGGAUGAUAUAUAUGUAAAUUACAUUUAUAACAAAAAUAAUUAUUAUGAUUAUUAUAAUAAUAAUUAUACUAUUUAUCAAUAAUUAUAUAAAAAUAAUCUAUUUGUCUGUCUUCUCCUUUUUCUAUCUAUCUCUAUCUAUCUGUCUAUCUAUCUAUCUAUCUUCUCCUUUUUCUAUCUAUUUUCUCAUUUUCUAUCUAUCUCUCUUUGUCUGUCUCUCUAUCUAUCUUCUCUUUUUUCUAUCUAUCCAUCUAUCUGUCUA